AUGGCUAAAUUCAUCAAAUCUGGCAAGGUUGCCAUUGUCGUUCGUGGUCGUUACGCUGGUAAGAAGGUCGUUAUCGUCAAGCCACAUGACGAAGGUACCAAGUCUCACCCAUUCCCACACGCCAUUGUUGCCGGUGUCGAAAGAUACCCAUUGAAGGUCACCAAGGACAUGGGUGGUAAGAAGGUUGCUAAGAGAACCAAGAUCAAGCCAUUUGUCAAGUUGGUUAACUACAACCACUUGAUGCCAACCAGAUACACUUUGGAUGUUGAGGACUUCAAGUCCGUUGUCACCUCUGACUCUUUGGCCGAGCCAUCCCAGCGUGAAGAAGCCAAGAAGGUUGUCAAGAAGGCUUUCGAAGACAAGCACCAAGCCGGUAAGAACAAGUGGUUCUUCACCAAGUUGGACUUCUAA